AUGGACAUACAUUCAAAGUUGGAUCAUCUUCAGAAGACUAUUUACUCCGAUUUUGAUAAUCUAUUGCUGACAUUGAAUAUCGAAGACGAUGACAAUUCUUCCCCGACAAUUGUUGCUCGUAUCAACCAACAUUUGGUUGAGUAUAAAGAUUAUCUACGAAUCAUGAAGUCAGUCUCGACAGAUGACUCUAUAUACCGCAUCUACGAUUUGAAAUUGAAAGCACUCAAGCGAAAGUUUACAAAAGUGCAGCUUUAUCUCAAUGAAGAGCAACAAGUGAAAAUACAACAGUAUAGAUUGGUGCAUUUCAACUUACUCUCGGAUUCACAGAAUGAAACAAGCGAUGACAGCAACGGCGGUACGCAUCAAUCAGCUAGGGAUCAACUAUUCUCCAAUAGGUCUUCUCGAAAAACAGCCGAGGCUUCAAUUGCCCAACAAAUCAACCAACACAAUACCAAAAUCACAUCUUCAUUGCAAAAAUCUCGAGAUUUGUUAUCAACGUCAAUUUUGCAAUCCGAAUUAAACAUUGAUGCCAUAGAUCAGCAAACGAAAGAUUUGACAAAAUUGAACGAGAGCUUUAUUCAAUUUGGUGAUUUAUUGAAUAAAUCAAGAGGCAUCAUCAAGUUCAUUGAAAAGCAAGAUAAACUGGAUCGACAACGAAUAUAUCUUAGUAUGGGGUUUUUCAUCUUGUGUUGUGUCUGGGUAUUGUAUAGAAGAGUGUUGAGAAGACCGUUGAAGAUCUUGUUUUGGUCAUUGUUCAAGAUAUUCAAUAUUUUCAAUUGGAUAUUGGGGACUGGAUCAAAAGCCGAAACUAGUAAGGAGACAGCUGACACGCUCAGAGUAAUUGCCUCAACUACUGCUGUGGUACUUUCCACUGCAUUGAGUGAAGUGUUUGAGGAACCUGCAUCUGAGACAUUAGAAACUAUAAUUUCAAGCAUAACUACAACUGCACGAUUAGUUGACGAACUAUAA